GUUACAGUUGAAAGAUCGUGACCUGCCGGUUUCUGACUGCCCAAAAUCGGAUGAUCGCUGCUCGGAAUAGCUCACAUUCUUACAGGUUUUCUGCAGUGUGAGGCGGCAGCUUCAGUAUCAGGUACCAGUGAAACAUCAUGCCGAUUUCCAAGAUUUUUGCUCGUCAGAUCUUUGACAGUCGGGGUAACCCAACUGUGGAAGUUGAGCUAACAACUGAGAAGGGAGUGUUCCGAGCAGCAGUUCCGAGUGGUGCUUCCACUGGCAUAUAUGAGGCCUUGGAACUCCGUGACAAGGACCCGAGUCGAUUCCUGGGCAAAGGUGUGGACAAGGCCAUCUCCAAUGUCAACGACAUCAUCGGGCCAGCCCUGAUUGCAAAGAAUCCAGAUGUCACCAAACAAACAGAGGUGGACAAGAUCAUGCUUGAUCUGGACGGCACAGAAAAUAAAUCCAAGCUUGGAGCUAAUGCCAUCCUGGGUGUCUCUCUUGCUGUGUGCAAGGCUGGAGCAGCACACGCUGGGGUCCCUCUCUACCAGUGGAUUGCUAAACUGGCUGGAAAUGAUCGCGUCAUCCUGCCUGUACCGGCUUUCAAUGUGAUCAAUGGAGGCAGCCAUGCUGGUAAUAAACUGGCUAUGCAGGAGUUCAUGCUGCUCCCUACAGGUGCGAGUUCCUUCAAGGAAGCCAUGAGAAUUGGCGCUGAGAUCUAUCAGAACCUUAAAGCUGUCAUCAAGAAGAAAUAUGGACAGGAUGCUACCAAUGUUGGUGACGAGGGAGGAUUUGCACCGAAUAUCCAGGACAAUCGUGAAGGUCUUGAACUGUUGAAGGUAGCCAUUGAGAAGGCGGGCUACACUGACAAGGUGAAAAUCGGCAUGGAUGUUGCUGCGUCGGAGUUCUAUCGAGAUGGGAAAUAUGACUUGGAUUUCAAGAGCCCCAACCCUGACCCCAGCAAACUUUUGACAGGUGGUCAGCUGUCUGACGUGUACCGCGACUUCAUCAAAAACUACCCAGUUGUGUCUAUUGAGGAUUGUCACGACCAAGACGACUGGGAUUCUUGGAGCGCAUUCACUGGCUCUGUGGACAUCCAGGUAGUUGGUGAUGAUCUCACAGUCACUAACCCUAAGCGAAUCAAGACCGCCGUUGAGAAGAAGGCAUGUAAUUGUCUCUUGCUGAAGGUUAAUCAGAUUGGAUCCGUGACUGAGUCCAUUGAAGCGUGUAAGCUUGCUCAGGCCAAUGGAUGGGGUGUGAUGGUUAGUCAUCGCAGCGGAGAGACCGAAGACACCUUUAUUGCUGACCUUGUGGUUGGGCUGUGCACCGGCCAGAUUAAGACUGGUGCCCCGUGUCGCUCUGAACGUCUGGCUAAAUACAACCAGAUGCUGAGGAUUGAAGAGGAGCUAGGAGCCGGCGCUGUUUAUGCUGGUGCAAAGUUCCGGCACCCUCUGAAGUAAAAAUGAAACCACUCUCCAAGAGGAUUGGUUCAGUCCAGACUGAAAGGUAUUUGGAUUUCGAAUCUACAGAAAGGUAUUUGGGUUGUACCACUAUAAAGGUGAGAUAGGAGGUAAAAAUUAGAUCCCACCCUAAAAAUUAUAUAUAUGAUUGAAAGGUAGUAAAAAUUUCUUGUUGGACUUAUCUCAUGGCAGUAAUUUUGUCAGGCUUCCUGAGUGGGGAUAAGCGAACUUCGGGCCAUUGCCUUAAAGAUAGGCUGUUUGGUCACAUAUUUCUGUAUUAUUUCUGUGUUUUUGCUCAGUGAGCUUGUUACGCCACAAGGAAUAUCAGAUUCUACAUUAUAAAACUGAAAUUAUGAGUCAAUUCUCUUGGCAACAACUAGGAACUUUUCCAGGGCCAGGGACGAGGUCAAAGCUGAGAUGGAUCAGUACUGUGGAAACAGCUCAGUCAUUGGCUGCAACUGUUACGGCUACAGCUAUUAAUAACACAUGUGCUAAUGGCAGCCACUGGCAAGCAGUUGAGCCUCUUCCCAUAGACACGCAUGUCACUCAAGGCAGUCAAAAUUGCAGCUAUGUGAAUGUCUGUAAAUCACAUGAUUGUACUUAGUGCUAGAUUAUGUCAGUAACCCUGUAGGGCACCAGAGUGCAAUUGAAGUUCAUCGUCCUACAGUACCACUGUUCCACAAGGUUGCCGAGAAGGCUGUUAUUAACGUACGUUGCUUUACUCUCACAACCUGGUUGAAAAGAAAGCUACAAGUAUUUUGUUUUCCACUGUAACUGGUAACUUAAGUCUUGUGUGACAGUUAAGCAAGCUAACAUCCAGUUUAGUGAUUGGAAAAGUGUUAGAAAGUUAGUGGGAUUAGUUAAAAUGAGUAAAUUUGCUGCCACCUCUGGAGUUUUGAUACCACAGCUCAUUAGAAAUAGCACAAGUAUUUGAAACUUACUUUAGUGUAAAGUUGAGAAUGAUUCCGCAUUCUAAAAAAUGUGUGAAGUAUUGAAAUAAUCAUGAAAGAGGCUGGAAACAAUGAUUGCUGUACCAAUAAUUGACUGCCAAAUUUGGAAUUGGGCUUAUAAUUCCAAAUGGAAUGUGAAGGUCUGGUUAAAAGUCUUAAUAAUCAAUUUACUUUGGAAUUCUGAUCUUCCUUCACAACGAAGGAAGACAACGUAGGAUUUUGCAGGUUUUUGUUGACUCUACCAAAGCCAAAACAGAAAUAUUUGAACAGAAAAUAAAUUAGAUGGAUGGAUGAAAUAAUGUCUGAAACUCUGAAGGGAAGUUUUUGUUGAAUGUGAAUUCUGGUACAGAUUUGCUACAGAGUGCAAAUAGAAUGCGUGGAGACCCUCUUUGGUCUUACAUCUGCUGUGAAAUUGUUGGAAAAGCCUAGCCUCAAAUGCAUAGAGUUAUUCACAUUUCCAGUUUGAAAACCAUUGAUCUGGUCUGUGUGGAAGUGACAAUGUACGUUUUGCAUACUGUGACUAAUAGCUUAAUAAACACCUUCUCCAUGUGCAGUGAUUAACCUCAUGCGAUUCUGUGAUUUCAAAAGCUGCCGUUUGAUAAAGUUUUAUGCCCGGUUAGCCUGGAGGAAUUCUGGUGGAAGACAUUCGGAACGAUGCAGAAAAUGAAAUAUGCAGCCGGCUCUGGAGGUGUGAUAUUAUCCAAGAAAUAUCGUCACGGUGCUGAAAACGUUCGCUGAUCCCUGAUGCCACGCUGUUCGCAAUUAGUUCCAACAGUGAGUGCAUUAACCCUUACCCCCUAGGGUGUAUGUAAAAUCGUAUUGAAAUUGGAGGAUUUGGGACUGUUAGGGUUAAAGGCAUUAAUGGACUGUGUGUGACUCAUUGAAUGAUUCAUGAUUUGGUUUCUUUAAUUUUUGAUAAUCGAAAGAUGCAGAAAUUAUAGAACUGGAAAUACUUCAAAUGGAAUAAAUGGAAAGAUUCUUUACCAAAUAUAUUAAUUAAAGGACACUUUCAGUUAUCUUACAUAUUUGUACAUGAGGUAAAAUAUGUACACGGACACGUUUUAGACAGUUUACACCGAGAUUUGAAAUACAGAAUGUGAUAAGCAGUA